AUGACGUCAAAGCUGUUAUGGUCAUUUUUGCUCCUUACCCUUGUGACAGCAGUUUCAUCGUGGACCCAUACUGAAGUUUAUGAGACGAUCGGUUGUUACGACGACAGUUUUGGCCUUGCGAUUCCUACCUUAGAAGGAACAGAUGACAUCCUGGAUGGCGACUUUUCGACGAGAAGUGAUCCAAUUCACAAAUGUUAUGAAGUUGCCAAGAAACUAGGCUUCAAAGUUUUCGCUCUUCAGGCUGGUGGAUGGUGUGCAUCGAGUUCUACAGCCGAAAAGACAUUCAACAAAUAUGGAAGGUCCUCGAACUGUGAAAAUGAUGGUGAAGGUGGACCAAAUGUUAAUCAAGUCUAUUAUAUCAAAGAUUAUACAGGUGUUGGAUGCUAUAGAGACACUGCAGAUCGUGCAAUUCCAACACUUGAAGACACAGACCCAGUCUUGGAUGGCGGGGCAUCGUUUUACCAAAGGCGUCAGAACGCAAUUGUCAAGUGCGCUGUCGCAGCUCGCAAAAGGGGUUUCCCUGCCUUUGCAGUUCAAAAUGGUGGAUGGUGUGCGGCGAGCACUAAAGCACUAGAGACCUUUAACAAAUAUGGCAAGAGUAGCGGCUGCCAAAAUGACGGCAGAGGAGGUUAUUGGGCAAACAAUGUUUACGUCUUUAAAGAUGAAGCUAACACCGUCAGAGUUCCAGAUCCAAUCGCCUUUUAUCCCCUGAACAGCAAGCAUGCAACACGGGAAAUAAAAAAUCGACAAACCCAGGGUACCCCUGUUGGUGUUAGCACAGCACCUGGGCCUGAUGGCAAGGCCGGUGGCUCGUACCAAUUCACGGGACAGAACAACAGUUACAUCGAGUUCCCAAACAGUGGAGGGUUAGAUGCUCAACACUCCAUCACCAUGUUAUGUUGGGUGUAUCCUGAGAAUACAGACGGACCUAUUUUCAAUUAUAAGAUAACUGGUUGGCCUUGGGCUGUUCAUUUCUGGAUGCAUUCUGGAAAGCUGUACGGUGUAAUAAGUCAACGAAAUUACGUUAUGAUUCCAGGGUUACGCACGUUUCACGUUCUGGCGUUAAACCAGUGGCAUUAUGUUGGUUUUACCUAUAGUCACAUUACUGGUAUGGCAAAUUUAUGGCUGGAUGACCAACGAGUGGUGCACAGGAAUAUUGGAGCCGGCCUGUCUCUUUCAACUCAAGAUAACGUUAGAAUGGGCGCAUUAGAAAAUGAUGGCCGGUAUUUUAAGGGACGAAUUACAGCCAUGCAGAUUUAUGACGUUGCUUUGACCGAGGAGCAAAUAAACGCAGUGGAAAACGCUGGUCAAGGAAACGACAGGUGCAGUGAGAUGGGCUGGGAGUCCGCCCUCAGUGGACCAGGAUGGGCAAACUGCUCAUUGGGAAGAUACAUAAGUGGAGUGUGGAGGGAAAAUGAUGCUGUCAUUUCUUUACCUGAUGGCAUCGAUAAUAUUAAAAAGGGGCAGUGCUGUAGCCCUCCACACGAAUACAAAGAUGAUACUCCUGUUUGCCAAACACUGGAUUGGAAAACUUCAUUAAGCAGAAACAACAGAUGGGCUUCCUGUCCUGGCGGGUAUUUUCUCCAAGGAAUUUAUCGCUCAAACGAGACUUGGCUUCACAACAUCGAAAAAGCAUUGUGCUGCAGACCCAGAAACUUCAAAAACAUGACCAAGGAUUGCUACGAUGAAAAUGUAAGGAAAUCACUAAAUAAGAAAGGCUGGAGUAAGUGUCGAGACUGGCACUAUAUGAUGGGCGUGUACAAAGGAGACUCCGUCAGAGUUCCAGAUCCAAUCGCCUUUUAUCCCCUGAACAGCAAGCAUGCAACACGGGAAAUAAAAAAUCGACAAACCCAGGGUACCCCUGUUGGUGUUAGCACAGCACCUGGGCCUGAUGGCAAGGCCGGUGGCUCGUACCAAUUCACGGGACAGAACAACAGUUACAUCGAGUUCCCAAACAGUGGAGGGUUAGAUGCUCAACACUCCAUCACCAUGUUAUGUUGGGUGUAUCCUGAGAAUACAGACGGACCUAUUUUCAAUUAUAAGAUAACUGGUUGGCCUUGGGCUGUUCAUUUCUGGAUGCAUUUUGGAAAGCUGUACGGUGUAAUAAGUCAACGAAAUUACGUUAUGAUUCCAGGCUUAAGUACGUUUUACGUUCUGGCGUUAAACCAAUGGCAUUAUGUUGGUUUGACCUAUAGUCACAUUACUGGUAUGGCAAAUUUAUGGCUGGAUGAUCAACGAGUGGUGCAGAGGAAUAUUGGAGCUGGCCUGUCUCUUUCAACUCAAGAUAACGUUAGAAUGGGCGCAUUAGAAAAUGAUGGUCGGUAUUUUAAGGGACGAAUUACAGCCAUGCAGAUUUAUGACGUUGCUUUGACCGAGGAGCAAAUAAACGCAGUGGAAAAAGCUGGUCAAGGUAAUUAUAAUGAUACUUUGACAUGUCGGGCGAAUUUGACUUUAUAUGGUCGAGGCCAAAGGUUAAUCAGUCAUUCAGUGAUCAUUACAAGUAAUUUCUGGAAGGGACAAUUGUUGGACAGUAGUAUUUACAGACCCCAGUUGUUGCCUGUUCUCUGUUCAAUAAUUGCUUGGUCAACUUUACUUACAUUCACAUGUAACAGACACUGAAUAGAGACAUCUAGUUGCCAGUUUAUUACUGGGUCAUACACAUACUUUCAAUCGAGGGAAAUGGUCUUACUUUAUCUCAGGGGUCUAAAAUUAGAUGGUUCAAGUUAAUUUUGCGUUGAGUCAAUACAUUUCCGAAAAUAGUGAUAAUUCUUCAUUGAAAUCUACACGGAACAACAUUUUGGCAUAAUCACAAACCCAUCCCCAGUGCCCUAAGACGAGUUUGUAACUUUGCCUUCUGUUGAUUACAGGAAACGACAGGUGCAGUGAGAUGGGCUGGGAGUCCUCCCUCAGUGGACCAGGAUGGGCAAACUGCUCAUUGGGAAGAUACAUAAGUGGAGUGUGGAGGGAAAAUGAUGCUGUCAUUUCUUUACCUGAUGGUAUCGAUAAUAUUAAAAAGGGGCAGUGCUGUAGCCCUCCACAC